AUGGCCGCGUCGCAGGUAGAACUUGUUGCGAACCCCUCAUCCGAUGUCAGCACGUAUCGCUGGGUCGUCGAUACCGUUGGGCACCUCAACCGCAAGAAUAAAAUGACAUCUCUCCCCUUCUGGAUGCCGAACUACAUAACGAAGGAGCACCAGUUCCGCCUCAUACUUAUUCGUGGCGUGGUUUUAAGGGAACAUGCAAGGGACGACCCCAUUGGGGUGAUGCUCGAGCUAAUCCCACCGCCCACCGGCACCGACGUCGCGUUCCCUGGUGGCUGUGUAGUGACCGCCAGUCUUGUGAAUCGUGUGCAUGAUGAUGGUACCCAUAACAUAGAGGCGACGGAAACCGUUGAAAUUGCCCCCGAUAACCUGCAAGUGUUCUUUCCGGAGCUCAUCCCCGCCUCCGCCCUACAAGACCCUGAAUUCGCGGAAGGAGAAGGUCCUACAUUGCUCAUUGAAGUGACGAUUCAAACGGGUGUUAACGUAACUUUCGAAAGGGUGAAUCAAACAGUGACCUCGGUGUGGUCAAGGAUAUCGAGUUCCGUGAGCAAACUGGUUGAGCGGGCGGCCCAUGCCCUUGGUGAGACGCGGGAGGAAUAUGGUGUGUGUGAGGCAGCGCAGGGGCAUCGCAAGUUACCCUGGGAAGAUGUGCCAAAGGGAUGGGAAGAAAAGGAGGAUGAGUGGCGGCACCUUGUUACAAAGCUUAUAGUUGAGGAUGAAGGAACGUUUCGAUACGGGCCAAACAGAGGGUUUUCCAAGGACGAACAAGCGCUGCUGGUUCAGUGCGGUCUCAACCAACGCUCCAUCGCAGAUGCCCGUGCCAUCUUUGAUUACAACCGUGAUGUGCAUGAAGGGCUUCUGGCUGUUCCGGAAAUUCGACAACAGCGCUACAACCUCGUUCCGGGAAAGUUGAAAGAUGAAGUUUUUUGGGCAAAUUAUUUUUGGAAGGUAGCUGUUCUCGGCUACUGCACCAAUGACGAGCAGGUUCGACUCCUUCUCACAGUGCUAAACGCACCUCCAGCAGUUCAACCGCGCGAUAUAUCUUCCAUCCGUUUGGUUGACGAGGAAACCGUUCUAUUCCACGUAAGUGACGCACAAGAGGCAGCUGACAUGCUCGUUGAAUAUCUCACUGAUGAUGCACCAGACGGUGACAUGUUGCUUGAGGCGGCGGCUGAAGCAUGCGAGGGGCAUGCAAGACAAUUGGAAGGCUACUUUAAGCGAACUGACCUGUCGGAGUCGACGCUCAAAGUUAUAGGUGUUUUGUUGAAGCGAUUACGGGACCGGCUCACAGCCUACAGGGAGCGAAAUGUCAACCGAGGCCUACUGGGGGAAAAUGGUGUUAUGUUGCCCACCCGUGACUUGAGCAGGGAAAAUUAUGACUGCCAGGUGUCGGUAAAAAGUAUUCAGCCUCAUGAAGAACAUCUGGUAGCGCGGGCAAGCAGCCCCCUCAAGCAACCGCACAAGGAGGGUGAGGCCGACAAGCCCGAAGACAUAGCUUCUUCCUCCAUAGUUGAGUCGGUGGUUAAGGAGGCAGAAAGAAUCGGUCAUACUUUGGGUGUCAAGCAAACGGGUGCAACCAUUGGUAACCAAAGUGGCGCCCGCGUAACCUCGGGACUGGAGUUUCCGAAAAUGCCCUGGGAGGAGGAAGACGAGGUCGAUGAGUGA